UAUGAACAAGACCGACCGGAGACAGUUUUUAUUCUUGUUAAAAGCCUCAAUUUGUAAUUAAAUCUAUUUUAAUAAUGUGCAUAGUAUGUUCACAGCCAGCAUGUAAACUUAUAAUUCAGUAUUUCAUUGCAUUUUGUUAUCGUAAGAAUAAACACGCAAUGUCGUAGCUUUCGCAGUGGAGGGUUCAUCAUAGAAGCGGUGGAUAAAUAUGACCGGCUGUCUUCAUGACAUUCAAUGUGUGAAGUAACAGAAAAGAAGAAUAGCUACAGACGUUGAAGAACUUGAAGUUGAGAAGUGAAGAGAUGUAGCUGUAAAUUGUUUAACAUGGACCAUGACAUGAUGUAUGUGGGAAACACAGUGGAUAAGAAGCACUUAACAAUGUGAAGUAACAGUAAUGCAGAAUGACUAGAGACCAUUAACUUCAGAACUGAAGAGAUGCAGGUCUUUAAUCUAUAUGGUGAAUGAUGGAACCAUGGUGGAGUUUUGGAUUUAUAAGGUUUGAAGUUACAGGAAAGCAGAAUAGCUACAAACCAUGAUAUUUAGAAAUGAAGAGAUGCAUGUCUUUGUUUAGCAUGGUGUAUAUGGGAAACAUUGUGGAUGGCAGACAUGAAAUGAUUUGUGUGAAGUAACAGUAAAGCAGAAUGGCUACAGACUUUCAAUUCAGAAUUGAAGAGAUGCAGGUCUUUGUUCUAUAUGAUGUAUGAGGGAACCAUGGCGAAAACUUGGAUUUCAUGGCAGUCAUAGAAAUAUCUAAUAAUGGGUGUACAAGUGGCAAGAGUUUGGAUAUGAUUAAAUUUCUCCUUGACCAACCAGGUGUGAAAAUAAACUACCAGGGAAAGGAUGGCCAUACAGCAUUCCACAGUGCAUGUUAUCAUGGGCACAUUUGUGUUGUACAGUAUUUACUGGAAAAGGCAGCUGAUAUAAAUCUAGUGGCAUCGGUCAGUGAUCAGAGUGGAGGCAGUGAACGUAUGGAAGAUCAGACAGCAAUUAUGUGGGCAUUUGAACAAGGACAUGAUGCAAUAGUCACUCUAGUCAAGCAUCACAAAAGACCUCAGGAUGAAUCAGCUCAUGGUGAUUACUCUCAGCCUGGUGGAGAAGGCUCUUAUGUCUCAGUGCCAUCUCCUAUUGGCAAACUGAAGAGUAUGACCCGAGAGAAGAUAGAUGUGUUACAGUUGAGAGCAGAUCUUCCCCACCACUUUCACAUUCUGAUCUCAGAUAUUGAGUUUAACGAUGUCAUUGGCAGUGGAUCCUUUGGCAAGGUUUAUAAGGGCAGAUGUAGAGGGAAAACAGUUGCUGUUAAAAGAUAUAAAGCAAGUUGUUUUGGUACAAAAUCAGAUGUUGACAUGUUUUGUCGUGAGGUAGCCGUGUUAUCAAAGUUGAACAGUCCAUAUGUGAUCAAUUUCUUGGGAGCCUGUCUUGAUGAUCCUAGUCAAUUUGCCAUAGUGACACAAUAUGUUGCUGGAGGUUCCCUCUACUGUCUGUUACAUGAACAAAAAAGGUUGAUAGAUAUACACUCCAAGUUGAUUAUAGCAACAGAUGUUGCUAAAGGCAUGAACUAUCUACACAACUUAACCCAGCCUGUGAUACACAGAGAUCUCAACAGCCAGAAUAUAUUGCUAGAGGAAAAUGGCCAUGCUAUUGUGGCUGAUUUUGGUGAAUCUCAGUUUUUACGCACACUUGAAGAUAACAUGACGAAACAACCGGGGAAUCUGAGAUGGAUGGCCCCGGAGAUAUUUACUCAGUGCACAAAAUACAGUGUGAAGGCAGACGUAUUCAGUUACUCACUGUGUUUGUGGGAACUACUGGCAGGAGAAUUACCAUUUUCUCACCUUAAACCUGCUGCAGCAGCUGCAGAAAUGGCCUACCACCAGACACGACCCCCUAUAGCAGUGACCUUCCCUAAACCACUGGUAGCUUUGUUACAGAGAGGAUGGAAUCCUAAUCCAGAGGACAGGCCAGACUUUGCUGAAAUACUGCCUAUCCUUGAGGAUUGUAAACACUCUCCAACUGUGAUGAUGCUUAGCAACCCAUCAGAGUAUCAGCCUGUCCCGCUUUCUGCAAGCCUUCCUGCUGUCAUACGAGACCAUGAGGGGGACAGUGAGGGUAGAGCCACACCCCCUCUCAUUGGAAAUGUCAGUGCCUUAAAGUCGAGAUGGGAAAUGGAAGCUUCCAGAAACUGUGUUGAAGAUAUGCGAACUAGGUUACCAUUUCCACAACUUGAUAAGAAUGGUAUGUAUAUUUGUAUAUGUUUGUUAGUAUCAGAUCAACUGAGUACUCUGAGAAUUCUGUACCUUCUGGAAGAGCGACGCGAAUCUAAUGAAUCAAACAGUCACAAUUCCUUGACACAAGAUGUUACCUGUCGUAAGAUUGGAUGA